AUGUGGGACAAAUUGGAAGUUACCUAUGAAGGUACUGAAAAAGUCAAAGAAACUAUCAUUUCUCUGUUAGUAUACAAAUAUGAACUAUUCCAAAUGAAGGAAGGAGAAACUAUUGAAAGCAUGUUCGCACAACUUAGUAAGAUCAUUGGUGAACUAAAAGCUUCAGGAAAGACUUAUCCUCAAAUUGAGCAUAUACGGAGGGUUCUCAGAAGCUUACCAUCUCAAUGGAAUGCCAAGGUAGUUGCACUUGAAUGCAUGAAUCUCAAUACUAUAACCUAUGAAGAGAAACAACAGAAGAGGAAGAAACUCUGGAUGAGUGGAAAUCAAAAGAACAGGGCACUAAGCAGCUGGAGUAAUGAAGACAACCCUAAACAUGAAAAUGAAGAAAUUGGAAAUAUUUGCUUCAUGGCAAUUGGAGAAUCAAGCACUAAGGAACUCAGCAAAAAAGCAAAAGGAAAAUGGUAUUUGGAUAGUGGAUGUUCAAAUCACAUUACAGGAGAUAAGAAUCUAUUUAAAUCUGUUACUGAAUAUAAAAGAGGAAACAUUCAAUUUGGUGACAACUCAAAAGGAACUGUAAUUGGUAUUGGAACAAUCUGUUUCAAUGAAUCAUGUGAUCUCACAAAUGAUACUCUCAAAAACUUUGAGUUCUUUUGUGAAAAAUUUCAACGAGACAAAGGAUACAACAUUACCUCAAUAAGAAGUGAUCACGGAGGAGAAUUUGAGAACAAGUUGUUUGAAGACUUCUGUAAUGAAAAUGGUUGGAAAUACAACAUUGGUAAGUUUGAUGCACGAAGCGAUGAAGGUAUAUUUCUUGGUUAUUCUAAACCUAGCAUAUCUUACAGAAAUUUUAAUAACCGAACUUUAAGCAUUGAAGAAUCUAUUCAUGUUGAGUUUGAUGAUUCUAGUAAAUCUAUUGAGAUUAGAUCUAGUACAGAUGAGGAAGAUAAUCAAAUUAUGAUAUCAACCCAAAAGGAACUAAAUAGCUUAGAAGAGUUGACUGCUGAAGAAACUCCUAUCAAACCAAUAAAUGAAACAGUUCCAAAUGAAUGGAAAAGUGAGCCAAAUUAUACAAAGAAGUUUAUCAUUGGAGAUCUCAAUGAAGGAAUGAAGACUAGAGCAUCGAGAAGAAAUGAAGCAAAGGUUGCUCUCAUCUCUCAGCUAGAACCUAAGAAGAUAAAUCAGGCUUUUACUAAUAAACACUGGGUAAAAGUUAUUAAAGAAGAACUGGAUCAAUUUGACAAAAAUCAGGUGACAAAGACGACAGAAAAAGCACCAGUGGUACAUGCCAAAUUCUUGGAAAAUCUCUACUUUCCUGGAAUAGAGUUUUGUAUAUCUUUCAACCAUAGAGUCAGAAUAUACAGCGAUAAGUUAAUGUUGUGCACAAAUUCUAUGGAUGUUACAUCUAUUAAGUGA